CAUGUAACUAGCUAAUGACGCUAGCUAGCCCACACUGGAUAUGAACUGCAGAAUAUAAUUUUACAAAAAAAUUGUAUGUGUACCGUUACUCAUCUGGACUUCGAUACGAAGCACCUACAAUAGCUCGCUGUGAAAUCAAAGCAUAUAACGUAAACUGCCGUUACCUGCUGUUUCGAUAGAUUAGAUAUAGCUAGCCGAGACUAAUGUUAUUUUGCUAACUAGUUAGAUCUACUGAGCUUUUGAACAUUUAUUUGCUAAUUAACGUUUGCUGUUUAUCGAGCUGUUAUUGGUUAUUCGCGUGUAACAGCAUUUUUGACUUAACUUACACUAUUCAGUUCGCUAGCUAGCUAAGAAACAUUCGCCCAACUAUCUGCUUACAAGACAAAUAGCUCCAAAAAAAACAUAGCUAACGUUCCACUCUUUUUCAAGAACAUGGGUGUGAGUUAACGUUUGUAACUAGCUAAUUUAGCUAGCUAGCUAGUUCAUUCAUGCUGUGAAUAUAUCCUCGUAUUUUAGUGACAUUUAUUUUAAUCUGUUGUGUUGUAGCUCGCUCUAGGUUAAGUUAUACACUUGGGGUAUAACGUUAAUUGUGAUACCAAGUGUAACUUGGUAUCUAUUGGUUUAACUUGGUCUAAAUUCAUAUUUCAUGGAAUAUAGCUAAGUUAGAGCCUGUACCCAUUUGGAACAUGUUUCUUAAAUUUGACGAAGGGGUUAAUCUAACGGGAGUGGACGCGUAUUAGUAGGGCGCAGCAGAGUAGGUUCAAGGCAGCGAAGAAAACACGAAGCCAAACGAAACCAAAAUGGCGUCUGCCGGUCCAGCUGAUUCGGUAUCGAUGGCUCCAACAGACCUGAGGACUCAGUUCUGGAGGAGAAUAGCUUCUCGCAGAGGGUCUAGUGGAGCUCGAAAGGUUGGCUCGCCUGAGGUGGCAGGUUCCUCGGGCCCCUCCCAGACCAUGAAGAAGACCAUCGGUCACCGGGGGGUUAACCCCACAGGAGAGACCACCUACAAGAAGACAACUUCUUCUGCCCUGAAAGGUGCCAUCCAGCUUGGCAUCACUCACACCGUGGGGUCUCUGAGCCAGAAAGCAGAGAGGGAUGUUCUCAUGCAGGACUUUGUGGUGGUGGAGAGCAUAUUCUUUCCAAGUGAGGGCAGCAACCUGACACCAGCACACCACUACGGGGAUUUCAGGUUCAAGACCUACGCCCCCAUCGCUUUCCGCUACUUCCGAGAACUCUUUGGAAUCCGGCCAGAUGACUACCUGUGUUCGCUGUGUAAGGACUCCUUAAUUGAGCUGUCAAACUCCGGUGCCAGUGGCUCCCUCUUCUAUGUCUCCAGCGAUGACGAGUUUAUCAUCAAAACAGUGCAGCACAAAGAGGCUGAGUUUCUGCAGAAGCUUCUGCCUGGAUACUUCAUGAACCUCAACCAGAACAAACGGACACUCCUUCCCAAAUUCUACGGGCUGUACUGCGUGCAAGCCGGGGGGAAGAACAUCCGCAUUGUGGUGAUGAACAACCUGCUGCCCAGCGCUGUGCAGAUGCACAUGAAGUACGACAUGAAGGGCUCCACCUACAAACGCCGGGCAUCGCCCAAGGAGCGCGAAAAGGCCCUUCCCACCUUCAAGGACCUGGACUUCGUCCAGGACUUGCCUGAUGGACUACUGCUGGAGCCCGACAACUACAGUGCCCUGAGCAAGACCAUCACGAGGGACUGCCUGCUGCUGCAGAGCUUCAAGAUCAUGGACUACAGCAUGCUGAUGGGAAUCCACAACCUGGACCACGCGUGCCGAGAGCGUUUCGGCGAGCGUGCGGGUGCUGAGGCGGCCAUGACACCCGACCAGAGGAGACCUCAGGCCCAGAAGGCCCUCUACAGCACCGCCAUGGAGUCAAUCCAGGGGGAGGCACGGGGGAAGGGUGUGCAGGAAUCAGACCAGGACCAUUUGGGAGGGAUUCCAGCGCGCAAUAUCAAGGGUGAGCGAAUGUUGGUCUACAUUGGCAUCAUCGACAUCCUGCAGUCAUACAGGUUUGUAAAGAAGUUGGAGCAUUCGUGGAAAGCUCUAGUUCAUGAUGGGGACACAGUGUCGGUGCACAGGCCUGGCUUCUACGCGGACAGGUUCCAGCAGUUCAUGUGCAACACGGUCUUUAAGAAGAUGCCAUUGAAGCCCUCCCCCUCUAAGAAGGGCCGCACCGUGAUUCAGGGUGGACCGCGGAGGGCCGGCGCAGCGAUGGGGUCGCUGCCUCAAGCCGCCGGGCCGCUGGUCUAUCACGCCCAUUUCAGCCAGGCCGAGGCAGAGGGAGAGAGCGGUAUGCAGACAGGCCGUCCUGAUCUUCUUCCGAGGACCCCUCCCCUGGAUGGAGUCACCAGUGACUCUGUGGAGACCACUCUUUCCAACUCCUCGCAGGGGAGCCCCGGUCUCCCCUCCACCUCUCCCCCCCUCAGGGCAGUAGGAGUGGAGGUGCACAAGUCCGCCAGCACCGAUCAUGACCACAGCGCCCCCCACAGUGUCGAAGCUGCCUCCGAAGAGCUCUCAAACAGCGAGGAUGCCAUCUCACUCAAGGGCAUUGUUGCUGAAACCAACAUUUGAGUGCACAAGCAACAUAUACACAAAGAGAAAGAAAAAGUUGUCAAAGAAGGAAAUCCCAGAAAGUGAAGAUGGAAUGGAGGGUGAGAGAACUCUCAGGAAAAAGGCCCCUUCCUAUUUUUCUCACGGGAGAUAUUUGGGGAAUCACUCCUGAAUGGCGAAGUGUGGAAGGUGGAACAAUAGAAGAAUGGAGUGUGUGAGCUUAAGAGAUGGAGGCUGGGCUAUCUACAGGCUAGUCCUGCCCAACACAGGUGUUGCUGCUAGUAAAUUCAACGACUACAUAACAGGUGCUGUAUUUCCAAACUGACUUCAGAUGUCCGAAUCGCGCACAACACCCCCUUGGCCUUAAAUGCGGCCUCACAAUGCUAAGAAUGUGAGCACCAGCUGUUCCGUUUCAGCACAGGAUGGAUACGGUUGGACACUGUAUGAGAACGUCUUUGGAUAGCGGUUGGCAAGUAGAGGUCAUCAUUGCAGACUUCUCGUAUCGCAGGAUGAAAGAAAGCCAUGUGGAGGGAGAGCACCCUGUUCCUCAACCGUGUAUGCGUUACGGCUGGACUCGCACUUAAAGGGGAAUCGUGUUUGAAAAAUAAAGACUAGUCUUUAGUUGUAAAGGAGACUCAGUUGACUGGCAUAAGAAACAGACUAGUUGCUAGGUAAUUUAAGAAAGUGAAAUGCUACUAUAAAUAAUGACUUGCUCCCAUGUCUCAAUAAUUGAUCAUGUCUGUGUAAGGACUUCUCUUCUACAUAGUAUUUGAUUACACUGUUCCUGCACUACUCCUGCUACUGUGCUACAUGAGAGGCAGACAGUGUGGCAGGGUUCAGGGCUGCCCCUACUCUUGGUUGGUUGCAAUCGGUAAUUCUGAACUCAAAAUUUACUACAGUAAGAUUUCUGCCUUCAAUGGAAACAAGGUGCAUUUCCCGUCUGGGAUUUUAAAAUUUACAUUGCCGUUGGUUGAUAUUGACUUAUUGCUUUACUCUUUUCCAGUUAUACUUUUUAAAAGGCACAGACUGAAUGAAAUGAGGGCUGGGUAAUCUUGUGUGAGAGUGGCUUUUCACUCCUUUCCUACCCAUCUCUUUCCUCUGCUGUUACUCUCUUAUGUCGCCCCCAUGUGGCAGUGGGUAGAACUUGCUUAAUGAAGCAACAAACCAAAGAAACACUGAGCUUUUCAUUUACAGGACCUGGGUGUCCUGACGCGUGCGUUUGAUGUGUAGAGCGUGGGUAGAAUGGGAACGGCAGGGCGACUGAGACACAGUGGUGCAGUGUCCAUUUGUCCAUCUUCAUUGAUGCAAACCGUGUGUGUGUGUGUGUGUGUGUGUGUGUGUGUGUGUGUGUGUGUGAGUGUGUGUGAGUGGACACACAAGCUACUUCCUGUCCUUUUAACUUGUUAUUCGGUUCAAGUGGCUUGACUGCAUGUGCUAAUUUAGAUCCCCUUCCAUCGAACAUAUGCACCAUUGCACAGCCCCUGUAGGGUAGGGCUGUCAGCAGUUGGGGGAAUGUGAGGAUCACUAUGCACAUGGACCCCAAGUCACUGCCUUUCUCUCUCCCCCCCCCACACACUUUUUUCUAUUUUUGUAUUCUUUAUUUUUGUCUUCUGUGUACAGUACGUAAUCAAUAUAGCUACAGAGAUUACUGGUAUAUUGGUAGGACCAACUUUCAUAAUCUCGCUCUGAUGGGGGUUUUUAAAUUAUGGUUUUAUGUAUUAUUUUGUGAUCCUUUUUUUUUUUUUUUUGUAAACAAGCAUUUUGCAUAUUAUAAGCAGUCGACUCAAUUCUGCUUGACGUAUUACCCCAAAUCGGGGGUUCUGUUCUGUGUGUUCUCUAUAUUUCAUUGUGUGUUAUGCUGGAAAGAAGAUGCUGUAACUGCUACUGCAUGCUGUGCAGCACUGCGUGGUAAUGGCCAGCAAAAACUGCAGUCAGCCAUCACACCUUUAAGCAAGUGUCCGUACAGUAACGCACGGACAUUAAUACUGCUAUUGGCUGGAAAUCAGGGUAAGGUACCAUUUGUGCACAUGUGGGGAGGGAGGGAAGAGGAUGGGGUUAAU